GCCGCCCCGCGGGGCCGGGGCGGGCCGGCGGCGGGCGGAGCGCGGCGGUGGGGCCCGCCAUGGCGCAGUACGUGCGGGCAGCCGCCGCCGUGGCCGUCAUCCGCCUCCGCAACCCGCCGCUCAACGCGCUGAGUUUCACAGUUAUCCAGGCUUUGGAGGAUGGACUGAAGAGAGCAGAUGCAGAUCCUUCAGUCAAAGCUAUUGUGAUCUGUGGCGAAAAUGGGAAAUUCAGCGCAGGAGCUGACAUUCGAGGAUUUUCUGCUCCUCAGCAGAGACGGGGUGUUGACUUGGCCUCCAUAGUCUCUCUCAUAGAAAGGAGUGAGAAACCCGCGGUGGCUGCCAUUGAAGGCAUUGCCUUCGGCGGAGGCCUGGAGGUGGCACUUGGCUGUCACUACCGCAUUGCACACGUGCAGGCCCGGAUGGGUUUGCCAGAGGUCACCCUUGGGCUACUUCCAGGUGCUGAAGGCACUCAGCGACUGCCCCGACUGAUUGGGAUACCAGCAGCUCUGGAUAUAAUCACGACAGGAAGACACAUUCCGGCAACUGAGGCACUGAAGCUGGGCAUGGUUGAUGAAGUUGUGGAAGAAAACACAGUUGAGGCAGCAAUUCGCUUGGCAAACAGAGUGGUUGACCAACCAUUGGGACCGCGCCGGCUCAGCCUGAAGCCAGUGCCGAGACUGCCCAACACCGAAGCUGUUCUCAGCGAGGCUCUCGCGAAGGUGAGGAAGCAGGCCCGCGGGUGCCUGGCUCCAGAGCUGUGCGUCCAGGCAGUCAAAGCCGCGGCAGAGCUGCCCUUCGCGGAUGGGCUCCGCAAGGAGCGCGAGCUGUUCGGUGUCCUGCUGACGUCAGGCCAGGCCCAAGCGCUGCAGUACGCUUUCUUUGCUGAGAGAGCGGUGCAGAAGUGGACAACGCCCAGCGGUGCUUCUUGGAAAAGCGCUUCCCCUCAACCCAUCUGCAAAGCAGCUGUGAUAGGGCUGGGAACAAUGGGCCGAGGCAUCGUGACUUCUCUGGUCAAGGCCAACAUACCUGUCGUAGCCCUGGAGCAGGAUCUGGAGUAUCUGAACAUGGGAAGAAAAGCUGUGAUGCUCCUUUUGGAACGUGAGGCUUUGAAAAUGAAGCAGGGUACCCAGACCUUGGAUUUCCAUAACCCUGCACGUCUCCAGUUCACUGUGGACUUUGAGGCAUUGCGGGAUGUAGAUCUUGUUAUUGAGGCUGUGUUUGAGAACAUGGCACUAAAGAAGGAAAUAUUCCACAAGCUAUCAAGAAUCUGCAAGCCAGGGGCCUUUCUGUGUACAAACACGUCAGCCCUGAAUAUCGAUGAAAUAGCUUCUGCCACGAGCUGCCCACAGCAGGUCAUUGGCACACACUUCUUCUCCCCUGCUCAUGUGAUGAGGCUAUUAGAAAUAAUCUAUGGGCGUCACACAUCCCCCACUACCAUUGCCACUGCCAUGCAGCUCGCCAAAGCGCUGAACAAAGUUGGAGUGGUAGUAGGGAACUGUUUUGGGUUUGUUGGGAAUCGAAUGAUGCAUCCUUAUGUACAACAGGCAGUUUUCCUUUUAGAGGAAGGCAGUAGACCAGAAGAUGUAGAUCAGGUUCUUGAAGAUUUUGGGUUUAAGAUAGGACCUUUCCGAAUGUCUGAUCUUGCUGGGCUGGAUGUGGGCUGGAGGUCCCGACAGGGCCAGGGCCUCACUGGGGCCUCACUACCUCCAGGAACACCUGCCCGCCAGCGGGGUGGCCAUCGCUACAGCCCGCUGCCUGAUCUUCUGUGUGAGAAAGGCAGGUUUGGCCAAAAAAAUGGAAAAGGCUGGUAUCAGUAUGAGAAAGCUGGGGGCAGGACAGCUAAGGCAGACCCGUGGCUUCACAACUUCCUGUCUGAGUACAGGGACACCCAUCACAUCAAGACCCGCUUCAUAGACCAGGAGGAAAUCCUGGAGCGUUGUCUGUUUCCCCUCAUCAAUGAAGGUUUUGACAUCCUGGCUGAGGGAAUAGCUUCUGCCCCAGAACACCUCGAUGUGAUUUACGUCAAUGGCUACGGGUGGCCAAAGCACAGGGGUGGCCCCAUGUUCUAUGCCUCUACUGUUGGGCUGCCUCGCCUUCUGGCUAAGCUCCAGAAAUACUCUGAGGCUCACCCAGAUGUGCCCAGCCUGCGGCCCAGUGCCUUUCUGAAGAAGCUGGUAGCUAUGGGGAACCCUCCCCUCAAAGAGUGGAUGUCUAACGUAAGCCGGCAGAGCAACAAGCUGUGAUUUCGUUGACUCCCACUCUAUAAAUUCAGUGGAUGCUGAUCUCAAGAAACAGGUGCUGUAAUUGCACUGUCUUUUCCAAUCAACACCAAAGUGCUACAGGCUCAUGAAUGAUGUUACUGGCCUUCCUGGGCCUUUGCAGAGAAGAAUAACUUUACCCAAUGAUUGCUGUCAGAUCCCACCUUGCUGCAGGUAACCACGGCCAUCACCCGUUCUUCCUUCUCACCACCAGCCAUCACCUACCUCCUUUGCACGUUGCUGUGUAAAGGCCCAGCUCAUUUUGCUCUGCCUGUAGGUCUUCACAGCUGUGUAUCUCUUCCAGCCAUUCUCUUGCCGAAGGAGGGGAGCGGCAUCCACCACCCACAAAGCAAAUCAUGGUGCGAGGCAGGAGAGAGGUGGUCACGGUUCACCUUAGACUGCCUGGCUCUAACAGAUCCGGGCCUAGAUCCAUUUCCAAGUUUUUUGAGAUCCUCCCCUUACAGUUCACCUCCAAAUGGGAUUCCCCUGGCUCUCCAAACACGGCCAGCUGGGGCCUGCUCCCUUCCAGUGCUGGGGAAGAGGUGGCAUCAGGGGCGCAGCGCCUUUCAGAUGUGAAUCCUAAUGAGAAGGAGAGGGCUACUGAGGACAGGGAGCAAGGGGCAGGGCUGGUACCGUCCCUUCUGCCCUGCUGCAGAAGAAAUGCUAAAAAAUGACAGAACAGCACAUCGAGAUGUGAAUGGCUCAAGGACUGUGCAGGCGGGAAGGCUGCUGCAGGCACACAGGGAGGCAGGGAGCAGAGCAGGAGGAGGGGGAGCCAAACUUGCCCCAAGCUUGGUGCUUUGGGGCAGUUUCCUCCUGCUCGUCUGUGGUGAAUGUAGCCUGCAGUCUGGGGCGGGGGAAUAGAUGGGUCUGGGUUCCCUUCUCAGGAAGAUAAACACUGGAUGACUAACUGGAGCUUUUUAUUUUAAUAAAACUGUUUUGAUUAUCUCA